GUCGUGUAAUGCCCCUAGCCUAGUCCUUCUCUCUGUAGCUCUCUCUACUGUCAUGUCAGUGCAUUCACUGCUUCUGAACAGUGCUUAGCUUUUUGCAUGGUGAAUAUACAUUGCAUGCAGAAGUGGAUUGGGCAGAGCACAGGCAGGGUAAACGCCUAUUCGUAUUUACAUGCCUUGAGUCUCUCAGCCGUGGAGCAUUACUGCAUUCAAAGCCGUUUGUGUACAACAGUCAUUUAGCUCAUAGUCAUAGACUCCUGUAUCAGAUGAAAAUACUUCUGCUGAAUGCAUGUAUCAAACCUGAUCAUUUUUGCCUGGCUUAAUUUGGAAGCUGAUAUUGGACUGCAGGAAUUUUGAAGAGUUUCAACGAUAUUUUGAUCAUUGACAAUUUUUUUAUCAUUGGAACCUGGAGAAGCGUGAACGUGCUGUACUAUACUGUCAGUGACAGGAAAAAGGAUUCUAUCUGUCAAAACUCAGGAUUAUAUUACUGGAGUAAGACUGUUGGCUAUCAAAUACAGGUCUCUCCAUUCACCCAAGGACUACAUGUGACAGCUAAAGGGUAGGGUAAGGUGGGACGACGCGCCACGCUACCAAGAUGCCCGCCAAGAGGCGGAGCGUGUUCUGCUGCCUCGGCGGUGGGGAUGACACGCCCGAGAUCGUGGUGGACAACAACAUGGUCCUCCACACGAUCAAGGAGGAGGAUCCUAUGCCUCCCCUCGACGAACUCAACGCCAAGUUUGAGGAACUUGUGGCUGAGUUGGAUCUUGGAGCGAGCCACAGAGAAACCAUGUUCAGCCUGUCACCCGAGAAGAAAUGGCAAAUCUACUGCAGCAAGAAAAGGGAACAAGAAGAUCCCAAUUCUGCAUCAUGGCCUGACUUCUACUUGGACCAGAUCAAUGCAAUGAUGACGCUUGUUUUCACAUCGGGGGAAGACGAGGUCGCGAACAGGACCAAAGUAGUGGACAGUCUGAAGACAGCACUCAGGACACAACCUAUGAAGUUUGUGAUGAGGUUUCUAGACCUUGAUGGUCUCUCCGUCCUCCUCAACUUCCUGGAGAAGAUGGACUUUGAAACCAUGGAGAGCCCCAUCCACACAUCGGUGAUUGGCUGUAUCAAAGCCCUCAUGAAUAAUUCACUUGGCCGAGCCAACGUCCUGGCCCACCCGACGUCCAUCAACACCAUCUCGCAGAGCAUGAUCACGGAGAACAUCAAGACCAAGAUCGCCGUCCUGGAGAUCAUGGGCGGGGUCUGCCUCGUUCCCGGGGGCCACAAGAAGGUCCUGGACGCCAUGUGCCACUAUCAGAAGUUUGCCUCCGAGAGGACAAGAUUUCAGAGGUUAAUCAACGAUCUCGACAGAAGUACAGGGAAAUACAGAGAUGACGUCCACUUCAAGACGGCCUGCAUGUCCUUCAUCAAUGCCGUCAUCAAGUAUGGAGCAGGAGAGGAUAAUUUGGAAUUUAGGAUUCACCUGAGAUAUGAGUUCCUGAUGCUUGGUAUUCAGCCUGUGAUUGACAAGUUAAGAACGCUAGAAAAUGCAACAUUAGAUAGGCAUUUAGAUUUCUUUGAGCUUGUCAGAAAUGAAGAUGAGAGAGAGCUUGCCAAAAGGUUCGACAUGGUCCACGUCGACGUGCGAAACGGCAACAACAUGUUCGAUGUCAUCAAAAAGAAGAUCAGUCAUACGGAGGCCUAUCCACAUCUCAUGUCCGUCUUACAACACUUUCUACUGCUUCCAAACCAAGGCAAGAGUGUCCAUCAUUGGUCCCUGGUCGAUCUCCUACUGCAACAAAUCGUACUACAGUUCGAUGACGGAGGUGACCCGGACGUCUCUCCCUUCGACAUAAACUUCAAAGAUGUCAUCGAGAAGGUCAUCAACCAGGAUGUCAUUAGGCAACGAGAAGCAGAGGAAAGAGAAAGAGAAUAUGGAGAACUCAAAGGAGAAUUGGACAGGAAAGACAGGGAGUUAGAUGGCAAGGAACUACAAAGGAGGUCAGACGUUCAGUCAAUGUCGUCGGAAGAGGCAAUGGCCGCCCUCAUCGCCAUGCAGGAGAAGUCCGACAAGCAGUCCACCGAUCUGGUCGAGUCCAAGAAGCAGAGCGAAUCCCUGCAGCAAGAGCUAGUGCGACUACAACAAAUGGUUGCAUCAGGGAAGUACAACGGUCCAAGCAUAUCAGACGACGACAAACUCCAGAAGAGCGGGGUUCCUGCAGCUCCUGGGGCACCCCCUCCUCCGCCACCCAUGAUGGGCGGGGCACCUCCACCCCCACCACCACCACCUGGCCCUGGUGGUGCACCCCCUCCUCCACCACCCCCUGGUAUGUUCGGCGGCGGCGGCCCCCCACCCCCACCUGGCGCACCUCCUUUUGGUGGUAUGUCAGCUCCGAUCAAGAAGAGAGACCUUCCUAAGCCUUCAAACCCUCUAAAAUCAUUCAACUGGUCCAAGCUACCCGACCUGAAGAUCCAGGGGACCAUCUGGCAAGACCUGGAUGAUCUUAAGGUCAUCAAAGUCCUCGACCUGCGCGAGUUCGACAACACCUUCUCCGCUUACCAGAAGAAGGGUGAUGAAACCGAUGGUAACCGCGGAGACGAGAUCACCGGCGGCAGCACCAAGUCCCAGAAACCCAAGGAGCUGGCCCUGAUUGACGGCCGACGGGCCCAGAACUGUACCAUCCUCCUCUACAACCUCAAGAUGACCAACGCUGAUAUCCACAGAGCUCUUCUUUCCAUGGACUCUGCGGAGAGCCUUCCUAAAGACAUGGUUGAGCAGCUGCUGAAGUAUGUGCCUACCCCUGAAGAGAUCAGUCUAUUGAAGGAACAUGAGAAGGAGAAAGAUAACAUGGCCAAGGCCGAUCGUUUCUUCUUUGAGAUGAGCAAGAUAGAUCACUACGAGCAGAGGUUAAAAUGUCUGUUCUUUAAGAAGAGGUUUCAAGAGAAAAUAGGCGAGGUCAAACCAAAGGUCGAAGCUCUUCUUAAAGCAUCAAAGGAGGUUGGAAGCAGUAGGAAGCUAAGGAAGGUUCUGGAGAUCGUCCUGGCGUUCGGUAAUUACAUGAACAGAGGGGCCAGGGGGAAUGCCUCUGGGUUCAAAAUCAGUAGCUUGAAUAAGAUUAUGGACACCAAGUCGAGCUCCAACCGGAACGUGACGCUGCUCCACUAUCUGAUUGAGAUGCUGGAGAAGAAGUUCCCUGAUGUAGUGAAACUAGAAGAUGAGAUGCCUCAUGUAAAAUUAGCUUCCAAAAUCAACUUACAAGAUCUUGAGAAAGAAAUAGCUCUAAUUGGCCAGGGUCUAAAAGGAGUUGAAGUGGAAUUGGAGUAUCAGAAAAAGAAGCCCAAGACUGAGAAGCAUGAUAAGUUCAUCUCGGUGAUGAGUGACUUCAAGACCCUCUCGUCCAUCAGCUUUGGCAAAGUUAAAGAUGUGCUCGUGGAAGCCAAGGCAAAGUUUGAGAGAGUAGCCAUGUCGUUCGGAGAGGAUCCAGCGAGGACGACGCCCGAGGAUCUCUUUGGGACCUUUGACCUCUUCCUUCAGUCAUUCCACGAAGCCAAGACGGACAAUGAGAAUCUCAGGAAAAAGAAAGAGGAUGAUGAAAGAAGAGCUAAGAGGGAAAAAGAGAUGUCAGAGAGCCGGAAGAAGAAAAAGUCUUCAGGCAAAGGCAAGGGUAAAGGUGACGGCGAAUUUGACGACCUCAUCACGGCUCUGCGGACUGGAGACAUGUUCACGGAGGACAUGACGAAACUCGCGAAGAAGAAAGACAAGCGGCGCCAGGUGCAGGCGCAACAACACAACUCAGCCAAAUCAGUGGCGGAUAGCAGAGAACGUUUAGGCAAGCCUAAGACAGGCAACGGUCGAUCCAUGACCCAAAUCUAGAGUUUCGCGAAAAACAAAAUGAAACUGAACAGAAACCCUCUGAAAAGGCACGGCGCGAUCCGCUAGUAAGCUUCCAUGAAAAGCAUUGGUUUGUGUAUAUAUUUCGAACAGCAGAGGUAUAUCGUGCUGGAAGCUCACAUGGAUGUGUCUUUUCGUGUGAGGGAUACGCAGCGUGGGAAGUAUGUCUUUCUUCAAAAUCAAGUGCAGCUUUGAAACGAGACCAAGUCAGCAUCAGUAGUACAGAGCCGAGUGAGUGGCCUGCGAGGGAGAUUCUGCAGUGAAUAUAUAUAAAAGAAGUCGACUUGACCGCAACAGUGGUCUUCAGAGGUCAGUGGAUCUGCUCCGGUGAUAGGCAUGCGUUGAGCCGCAAAGGUCAGGGUGGAUCUCGACCGACAUGUAUUUCAUAGACCAUCUGUAAAGUGGGAAUACUGGAUCACAUUUCUUCAGCUUUAUUUUGUACACUCUUAUUCUAUCUAAGAUAUUAUGAGAAUGUAAACGUAAUUGAAAUGUUAAUGAGAUUGGUGAAUGGCAUUCUUGUCUGAUAAGCACAUGGGUUUUGACAUCAUGGAUUAAAUAUACUGUAAAGAAAAUUAGCCCACUGGUCAUUUUAAUAUUAUCUUUAAAAAAAACACCACAUCAAAGGGCAUUAUAUAGGCAUACUACAAGAAAUGCACCCUUUCUUUUUAAAUCCAUUAAUAUUACACUAGUUAAUUUCAGCAAAAAGUUGGUCAUUUUCAAUUAUUCACUAUUAAAAAGGGGAAUUGACCAAAAAUAAAGAGUGACAAUAAAGAGGGUGUACAUAUAGGUACUAUGACGUAAAUGGAUCUCAACAUGGCCAAACUUGACAACUGUGUGUAUCCUUUCAGCUAGUUAUAAUUUGAAAUGCACAUGAAACAAUGUCCAUGAUGUGGAUGAUGGUAAUAUAGAGGUGAUGAUACGGUAUAGAUGAUUUUUUAAUCAUUACUUGUCAUCAUGGACUCUGUAUAUAAAGUUCCACAGAAAUGUGAUAUGGUAUACGUGUACAGGCGAGCCACCACUUUCAGAUCAAGAACCUUUGUAGUUGAGCUAAGAUCCACCCAUUUUACAAGCAUUGCAAUGAAAAGACGGAUGUGAGCAGUGCUAUCGAAAGUUAUAUUGAUUUAUGGUGUACAUAAUCUCUUUUAUAAAGAUCUGUUAUAUACCUGUUAAUAACCAUUUCUCUAACAACAAAAAAGGACUAAAAAAAAAUCAAGUGCAUGUGUAAAUCUACAUGUGUUCUGUGUAUUAGAACAGAUGUAGAGAUAGGUUUAUAUAUAUAUAAUGUGAGGCUUCCAAAGUCUGGUAUACUACAUUGUUCAUGUAGGUAUAGCAUGUCUUUCGUAUAGAUUUUGUUCUUUCUGUUUAAUGAACAUUGGAUAUUGAUUUCUCUCUUAGAGAUGUUUUAGCACUUAAAAGUGUUCUGGUCAUGCAACUGCAUUGUGAAAGGAACAGCGUCGUAUAUAAAGUAUUUGUGUAUACUGCAAGGUUCUGUACACAGAAAGAUGUAUGUGGGUAUACUACAAAAACAUGUGGCCUCAUUUUUAAGCUGUUGUCAUAUCUAGAAUAUGAAGGCGCUUGAAGAGCAAUGCUUUUCAGGGAACAUUUUUUCUCUGAUGUUCUUCCACACUAUUAUAACAAUGAUAAAACUCACAAAUUAUUUUUCACCUCUCCCCAGAACUGGAGAUUAAAAAAAAAAGGCAUAGGUUCAAGCCUCGGCAUAUGCUACCUAGCAGGCAUCGUCUGUUUAGAGCCGGAACUGGUUAUCCAGUUGGCAGAAAUACCAUUUAUAUAAUAAUUUGGUGAAUUAACGGAACAUACAAGAAGAAAAAAAUGUGCCUAUAUUUGUCAAAUUCUAAUUAGUGUGAAAAUUCCCAACAAAAAUGAAUGAGAAUAGGCAUUUUGUAUUUUCCUUUGGUAUUCAUUCAUCUCACUUUGGGUUUAUAUGCAAUUGAGCUAAAUGUGGCACUUCUUUUUGUAGUUUCUGUAUGUUUUGUGUGUGAUUAUGACCAAUUGAUAUUAUUACGCAUCUCCAAAAUUUAGCCGUAGUUUUAUAAACAUUAAUCAACAAUUAAUUUCAUAGAUAACGAGUUGAUGUGCACUACCGGAUAUUGACAAAUUUAUUGAAUUGGAAUUUAUUAUUUGUGUAGGGUUAUAUACAUAUAUGAAAGGUCCUGGAUUUCAUGGUCUUUUGUCCAGAAAACAUGGUUUAUCAUUUGUAUUUACUGCACAUGUUGUAAACUGUAGGCCACCAUAAUAUCAUUAACUGUACUUAAUCUUUUCAAGCCUGUACUCUCGUAUUCAUUUAUACUGUAGUUAUAUACAAGAAUUAGUUUGAUUUAUUGAAUUUUCGGAGCAUUACUGCCUUCAAAUGACGCACUUUAAUUUUGUCACACUAAUUUCUUAAUAUUUUACAACCAGAAACUGCCUUGUAAAAUAUGGAUAUGUAAUUAUAUAACACUUGGAUAAUGAGAGUAUUAUCAUUUUUUUGUCCAUAAUUAUGACCUGCUGCAUGGCAAGUAUAUAGUACAUUCAAAUGUAAAAAAAAUAAGUAUAUGUUUGUGUAUUAUGAUAUCAUUUAUGUUAAUUGUAAUGGCUUUAUUUAUUUAUGAUAGGUGUUGGGUUCAUGCAGAGUAUUGUGUAGCUUGAUUUACAUUUCUUUGUUUUGUAAAUAAGUGUAUUUACAUUAUAUGUAUAGUCCUUUAUAAACAAGAGUGUAAAAUGUCAUGUUUUAAAACAUGAAUUUGGGUACAGAUGACAAAAAUAUUAAAUGCAUUCAUAAGAAAAUGUAA